AUGCAACAAGAAAAGCAACAGGCCGAUACCAUUAUUGAACAAGUCCCUCUUGUUCCAGGAUUUAGAUUUUACCCAACUGAAGAAGAAUUAGUUACCUUUUAUCUGAACAACAAGCUUGAAGAUAACAGAUUACAAGAGCUUCACAAAGUCAUCCCAGUUAUCAACAUUUAUUCAUUAGAGCCAUGGCAACUUCCAAGUUCGUUAACCCUUCUCUUCAUUUUCUCAUCAUUUCUUCAUGUUUUCGAAAAAAAUUCAAUCUUUAUAUAUAGGUUGAGGCAUGAGGUGAGCUUGUGCAGGGUUUACGCCGUUUCGGGAAGUUUUCGAGCAUUCGAUCGACGGCCGCCGGUAGAGAUAGUGACCGGUAAGGAGACGAUCAAUAGCCAAGGAGUUUUCCCAUGA